CUAACAGAUUUGAAGGUCGAGAGACCGUUCAAAGUGUACGCUAUCUCUUAUCAUUAGCAAGGUCGGAUUAUGGCCUUACGUGCUUUUGGCGCCGUACCACUCAAGUUAUUGUGUAGGUCAGAUGAGUUUCUUUUUAGAAACUUUGGACGUCAAUCAUCCCACCUCUUUGUACACAGAGAAACCCCUGAAAACAAUUCUAAUACAACCUUCGAAUUUUCUGCAGAAAACAAAAAGAGACUGGAUGUGAUAAUAUCAAACUAUCCCCCUGCUCACAAGGCUGCUGCUAUAAUUCCUGCUUUGGAUUUAGCUCAGCGACAACACGGAUGGUUGCCAAUAUCCGCUAUGAACAAAGUGGCAGAGAUUCUUAAUGUCCCCCAGAUGAGGGUUUAUGAAGUUGCCACAUUCUAUACCAUGUUUAACAGGGAACCAGUAGGAAAGUAUCACAUUCAAAUAUGUACCACAACCCCGUGUAUGCUAGGAGGUGUAGGGUCAGAAGUUAUUUUAAACGCACUCAAGAAAAAACUUGGUAUGUCGUCAUUAUAUUUCGUAACAUUUUCCUAUAAAUUCUUUAAUAUAUCGUUUCUACCAACAUUGUGCUUAACAUUGGUGCCUAUCUCUUGGGAAAUCAGCCCAUUUCAAAGGAUCUUAAUAAUAUACUAUGCCGUCAGAAUUUAAAGGUAGGUUGUUUAUAAACCAUUUGUUCUUUGGUAAAUAGAAUAGUGUCAAUCUAUUAGGAUUGUUUAUGAUAUGGAUUAUUGAACCGUUGACCUAUACAAGCAGUUAUGUGGUUGCCAUUUUGUACUCUUUUAAGUUUAGCCUAACAUUUGUACUGGACUCCUACCGUGAAUCAUAAUAUCGACAACAGGAAUCGUUUGAUUUACCUAACCUAGGUAUUUUUCUGAAAUCCGUUUGUUUAGUAAACCAAUAGUAUAUGCACAUUACAGUCAAGCCUGCAAUAAGCAAGUUAGUUUUCUAGAGGAAAACCGGAUCGCUCUUAAACUAUACUGCACAAUACUUAAUUGUGACCUGUACUUUUACAUUUAAACUAAUAUUUGUUUUCUCGGUUUCAUAGGUAUUGAACCGGGUCAGACCACACCUGAUAAAAUGUUUACACUGACAGAAGUGGAAUGCCUUGGGGCUUGUGUAAAUGCGCCCAUGAUGCAAAUUAAUGACGAUUAUUAUGAGGAUCUAACAGCAGAGGAUACAGUUCGUAUUCUUGAUGAAAUAAAAGCUGGGAAAAAACCAAAACCUGGCCCACAAAGCGGACAAGGUGGACGUUUUGCAUCCGAACCGAAAGGUGGUUUGACAUCACUGACUACAGAACCUAAGGGUCCUGGAUUUAAAGUUCGUUCGGAUCUGUGACCUCUUUAGUUCAUUAUUAAUUGAGCUUGUUAUCAGUAUACAUAGUGAAGUAUUUUUUCCUUUGCCUAAUAAAUUGCUAACUUUGAAA